GCGCUGGAGGCGGCGCAGCAGUGCACAGAGCUGCGGGAAGAGUGGAACAAGGGCUGGUUCCGAAAGGGCGAGGCGCUGUUUGCAUUGCAGCGGUACGACGAGGCGGAGGAGGCGUACCGGCAGGCACUAGACCGGGCGCCAGACGAUGCGACGGUGAAGCAGUGUCUGCUGUUGGCGCUGGAGGCUCAGCAGGGCUUCCUGCUUCGCCAGAUGUUCGCGGGGCGCGAGUUCUGUGUGGGCAGAGGCCGCAAUGUCAUCGAGUCCCAGAUAUACCGCAGUGCACAGCAGAUGCGCAACUUCAUCUACCUCAUUGGCGAUGCGCACUCCAGAGAGGCUGUUGUCGUGGAUGGCGCAUGGGACGUCGAGGGCAUUCUGCGAUAUGCAGAGGCAGAGAGAGUGAAGCUGGUGGGCGCGGUGGUAACGCACUACCACUUUGACCACACGGGUGGCAUGCCGCCGCCCCCAUUUGACGCGCUGGGCAUCAAGGUGCCGGGGAUCAGGGAGCUCGCUGCCACGCACGGCCUCAAGUCGAGGGGCAAGGUUCCAUGGCAGGGGACAUGUGUGAGUCUGUGGGUGCAUGCAUGUAUCGUCGUGCCUCAAAGGGUGUGCCACCGGACUCCACAAUCUGACUCUCUUGUUGGUGACUGUCGGUUGACUGUCUUCCGGAAAUGGUGUUGCUCUCGCAUGACUGCCCGCUUUCCGCUUCACCUGCCGUCCGCUGACCCCGCUUCCACCAUCCCCCUGUCCCCCUACUGCCAUCCCCCUGUCCCCCUACUGCGGUCCCCCUGUCCCCCUACUGCGGUCCCCCUGUCCCCCUACUGCCAUCCCCCUGUCCCCCUACUGCCGUCCCUCUGUCCCCCUACUGGCGUCCCUCUGUCCCCCUACUGGCGUCCCUCUGUCCCCCUACUGGCGUUCCCCCGUCCCCCUACUGCCGUACCCACAGGUGUAUGCCAACAAGCACGAUGCGGCGGUGCUGCGAUCCAAGAAUGGCGUUCCCAGCGACUCCAUUGUGGAGGUCCAGGUAUGGCGGAGGUAUGGUGGAGAGGUGGUGGAGAGGUAUGGUGGAGGUAUGUGGAGGUAUGGUGGAGGUAUGUGGAGGUAUGUGGAGGUAUGGUGAAGGUAAGGCGGAGGUAUGGUGGGGGUGUGGUGGAGGUAUGGUGGAGGUGUUGUGGAGGAAUGGUGGAGGUAUGGUGGAGGUGUUGUGGAGGUAUGGUGGAGGUAUGGUGGAGGUAUGGUGGAGGUAUGGUGGAGGUAUGGUGGAGGUAUGGUGGAGGUGUGUCCGUGUGUCGUCGCCUUCUAAUUGGCCAUCCUUCCAACUUUGCUGCAUUCUUUCUCCUUGCUACCUGCAGAGCGCCGGGCCAUGAUGAUGGUGUUCUAAUAUCAGGAGACACUCUUUUUAUUGGGAGCUGUGGGCGGCUGGACCUACCAGACUGCAACCGCGAGGCCAUGUAUGACAGCCUGCAGAAGCUCGCUGCUCUGCCGCCUGACACCAGGGUGUACCCGGGGCAUGACUACGGGGGGGCGUUCACGAGCAUCAGCAAGGAGAAGGCCACUGGCUUCCUGCGCCCCAUGACCAAACAGCAGUGGCUCGCCUCCCAGGGCAGGUGA